AUGAAUAGCCGGCUUAAUAAUAACAGCCUCUCAGGGGGGAUUCCUAUGGCAUUGACAACUGUAACUGCCCUACAAGUCCUUGAUCUUUCAUUCAAUAAUCUCUCAGGAGAGGUUCCAUCAAAUGGAUCAUUUUCUCUAUUUACUCCUAUCAGUUUUAAUGGAAAUCAGUUUCUUUGUGGUCCAGUCGCACAGAAGCCAUGCCCAGGACAACCUCCUUUCGCUCCUCCUCCUCCAUUUAUUCCACCUCCGCCAGUUUCUGGAAGCAAUGGAAAGAUUCAGAGCUCAUCCAGCACAGGAGCCAUUGCUGGGGGAGUAGCUGCUGGUGCUGCUCUAUUAUUUGCUGCUCCUGCAAUUGGAUUUGCCUGGUGGCGUCGUCGAAAGCCACAGGAACACUUCUUUGAUGUACCUGCUGAGGAGGAUCCAGAGGUACACUUAGGGCAACUCAAAAGGUUUUCAUUGCGGGAACUCCAGGUUGCUACAGAUGGUUUUAGUAACAGAAAUAUACUUGGCAGAGGUGGUUUUGGAAAGGUAUAUAAAGGGCGCCUUGCAGAUGGAUCCUUGGUGGCUGUAAAACGUCUGAAAGAAGAGCGUACUCCAGGUGGAGAGUUGCAGUUUCAGACAGAAGUGGAGAUGAUUAGCAUGGCAGUACACAGGAAUCUCCUUCGGCUACGUGGCUUCUGCAUGACACCCACUGAACGGCUGCUUGUUUAUCCCUUCAUGGCUAAUGGAAGUGUUGCUUCAUGUCUUAGAGAGAGGCAACCAAAUGAACCACCCCUAGAUUGGCCAACUCGCAAGCGCAUAGCAUUGGGCUCUGCAAGAGGUCUUUCCUACUUACAUGAUCACUGUGAUCCUAAGAUUAUUCACCGAGAUGUAAAGGCAGCAAAUAUUUUACUGGAUGAAGAAUUUGAGGCAGUGGUAGGAGAUUUUGGACUAGCAAAGCUUAUGGAUUACAAGGACACACAUGUUACAACAGCUGUCCGUGGCACCAUUGGCCACAUCGCACCUGAGUACCUAUCCACAGGGAAGUCGUCAGAGAAGACGGAUGUCUUUGGAUAUGGAAUCAUGCUUUUGGAACUCAUCACAGGGCAGAGAGCAUUUGACCUUGCCCGAUUAGCAAAUGAUGAUGAUGUCAUGUUGCUAGACUGGGUCAAAGGCCUGUUAAGAGAGAGAAGACUUGAUAUGCUGGUUGAUCCUGAUCUCCAGAACAAUUAUGUUGAGGCAGAAGUCGAACAGCUUAUUCAAGUCGCACUACUUUGCACACAAGGGUCGCCAAUGGAUAGACCAAAGAUGUCUGAAGUGGUACGCAUGUUGGAAGGAGAUGGUUUAGCUGAGAGGUGGGAAGAGUGGCAAAAGGUGGAAGUUGUGCGUAGCCAAGAAGUAGAGCUUGUUCCUCAUAGAAAUUCAGAAUGGAUUGUAGACUCUACAGAUAAUCUUCAUGCAGUUGAAUUGUCUGGUCCAAGAUGAUAGAGUUGAUUGUUUGUUCAAUAUUUUUACAAAUCCUGAAUUUUAUUUUCUUAUUACAAUGUCAAUAUGUAUCAAGGUCAAAUCAGUGUAUCAUUUAAAAUUAUUAGCUGAUGUUUCAAUGUGCCAGUGUAGAGAAUAUUCAUUGAAGUCUUUAGAUGGCUAUAUUGGGUUUUGUCCCAUGAGAAUUACUGACAGACAGCAGUGAAGCCUGUAUGCUAGAAGAAUUUUUAUGGUGCGCACCCAUCCAUCCAAAAGUCUGGUCUCUGUAUUAUGAACAGCUUGCAUUAGGAAACAAAGGUUCAUUUCUACUAUUGAAGAUUUCCUCUUUCAUUGGCUAAUGUGUAUUUAAAGAUUCUAUCCAAUCGACAUUUUCAACUC